UCUGCACUUCACUCUUCUGCAGCGUAGCGCACCUCAGCCCUCUUCUCUUUCUCUUCACCUCGCUCCGGCUUGUCACAGCGCAGUGACAGAUACCCUGAGCCUUCUUGCAGCUUCUCUUGUCCGGCGAGAAAAAGCGGAUCACCGCGGAAGAAGAAGAAGAAGAUGCUGAGGCGAAGGCCGUCCAACGCCUCGGAGAAGGAGCAGACGCAGAAGAAGAAGCUCACCUUGCAGAGGUCCAGCAGCUUCAAGGAUUUCAUGAAGCACAAACCCACCUCCCCCUGUGCGCCAGAUAAGGAGUUCACCUUAGAUGAGCAUGCGGCAGACCCAGACGCAGCAGAAGAAGCGGUGAAAAGUGGCAGCAAAUUGGGGAAGAAAUGGCGCAACGUUAUCUCCCGUACAAUGACCCGGAAAACAUCCAAGAUGGUGCAGAAGGCCCUGGCUGAGGAGGGGGCGGAGAGCGGGGAGGAGAUGUCCCCCGUCUCAUCAGACUUCCUUCCAGAUCUGAGUGCGGGACAGAGGACGUCUGUGUGCUCCACGGGCUCAGAGGACACCACUCCCAGCCCAGUGAGCCGCCAGCUGUCCGCCAGCAGCGACAGGCAGAGCUUGGACAGCGGGUACUCCCAGCGGGACAGCAUGAGGCUGGAGGACAGCUCUUACAACGGGCCUUUCUGCGGCCGCGCGGUGGUCCACACCGACUUCACCCCCAGCCCCUACGACGUGGAGUCGCUGAAGCUCCAAAAAGGCGACAUUAUUUACAUCAUCGACAAGCCUCCUGUGGGAACCUGGACAGGAAAGCUCAACACCAAAGUGGGUUCAUUCAAGUUCAUUUAUGUCAACCUCCUUCCUGAUGAGACCCCCCCAACACGAAGGAAACGCUGCCACAGCAAGGCCAACCGAUCCAAAUCCAAGCCCAAAACCUUGGAGGAAGUCCUGGACAGCAUCGGCCUGGCGGAGCUGAGCCCCUUGUUGUCCAUGCAUGGCUUCCAGAGCCUGGAGGACUUCACAGGGCUGAAGGAGUCUCACCUGAACGAGCUGAACAUCACCAACCCGGACCACCGCACCAAGAUCCUGAACGCAACCGACCUGCUCAGAGACUCUGAAGACGAGUCUGGGCCAGAGGAGGAGGAGGAAGAGGAGGAGGGAUCAGCUGAAAACUCCAAGGAGCCAAGGGACUCGGGCUGCUUUGAGAGCUCGGAGAACCUCGAGAGCGGCCGCGAGGAGGCAAAAACGGAGGAAGACGAGUCAAACCAGGAAACAGAGCAACAAGAAGAAAAGUCAGAGGAGACACAUGAGGCCCAGGCAGAGGAAGUGGAGGCUGUCCAGGAGCAGCUGCAGGAGCUGACGGUGGAUGAUGAACAGUGAUACGUGAUGGAAAACAUUUUUCCUUCUCAUUUCUGAGGGACUCUGGAUGUCGAUAAAAGUCUCUCUUUAUCCAAAGGGAGCAGACAGUGCCACUUUAAUGCUGAAAUAGCGAACUAGCAUGUUCUCUGUUAGUUGACGGCUGUAAUGCUGAAUGUGCAGGAUAACAAUGAUUUCACAGCUUGCUUACAGUCCAGCGGCACACACAGUUACCAGCUGCCACAGGUGGCGGCAUUUUGAUCGAACCUGUGAAAUAUGAUGUUAUUUUACUUGAUGCAUGUUGCGGUGUAUUAUAAUGUUUCAAUUAACGCAUUCAUGAGUUUUUACUCUGGGCUCCGCUCUGGGUACUACUCUUUCUGUCCUUAAUGUUUUCUUGUUUUGGUGUAUAUUUCCUCAUGAAUGUAAACUUAUCUUCACAUUUUUCAUGUAUCGUGAACAUCACUGGUAAUAUGUUUUCUGUGACUGUAAAUAAAUAAACUAAAACCAGUAGUGUGUUAA